UCAUCACUAUAAUUAAUUACUUUUCUUCAUAAUAUUAUAGAAAUGGAGAGCAACAUGCCAGAAAUAGCUAAGAGAGUGUGGAACAUGGUUUGCGUUUCCUUCUUCAUGCUCAGAAAAGGCAUAUCCAAGGGCAAAAUCAUGAUGGACCUCAACAUGAUGCUCAAACGCCGCGGCAAGCUCGCCGGAAAGGCCAUCGCCAACCUCAUGUUCCACCACCACCACGGCAGCCCCACCUCCUCCGACAACCCUGACCUCCGUUUCUCUGCCGGACGAGAGUACGAGUUCAGCUGCAGCAACACUCCCAACUACAGCUUCUUCCCAAAGCGCCAUAACGGCCACCAUCGCCGCCACAGCCACAAUCCCUUCUUCUUCGCAUGUGCUCACGCGCCGCAUACUCAGGACGACGACAUGGUGGCCAUCAGUAAUGCGCUCAAGGCGUCGUUGGAGAUGCUAGAUAACAACAAUGGUCCUAACAACAACUGGAACAAGGAUAUGCUGGAAACUUCGCCGGCGCUUCCAGGGUUCGGAAGGAGUACAACGGUGAGGCAGCUGAGGGUGACAGACUCGCCGUUCCCAGUGCAAGACGGCGACCAGGACAGGGAUCACCAAGUGGACAAGGCGGCGGAGGAGUUUAUAAUGAGGUUUUACAAGGAUCUGAAGAAGCAAGCUUGAACAUAAAAUUAUUCAUGAUCUCCGCCGUGCUAAUUAUGCAGUUUUGGAUAUGGCUCGUGGACUCUGUUUUGGCAAAAAGGG